UUUUGGAUUUGGGUCUUGAUUCAGAAGAAGGGAACGAGAGGUUCGGCGAGGGAAAUUUUGUGGUGUUGAGUUGAAUUUUUGAGAGGUUUAAGUUCGCCAUUGCUCUCAUGCAUUCAACCAUUUUCAGUCUCUUGGUACUUAAAGUAAGCAGCGGCUCAGCAAUGAAACUGCGCAGUAGGUUUCAGCCGGAAGCAGUGGGGAGUUACAGGAGACUCCUAUGCUCACUCGCAGCUUCAACUCAUUCUGUCGAGGAAUCAUCGAUGAAAUCUACUAUUACGAAAAAAAGCAUCAAGAGUGAGAUUCUUAGAUCCAAAUCUCCAACUCGCAGUCCCAUUGCCGUCCUCCAGGACUGGAUUAAGUCGGGCCACAAGGUCACCAUUUCGGAGCUCCGGUUCAUCUCCCUGCAGCUCCAGAAAUCCAAGCGCUACCAUCACGCUCUCGAGAUAAUGAAGUGGAUGGAAGCUCAAAAAGGUUUCCAGAUUUCGUCAGCUGAUCAUGCUACUAGGAUAGAAUUGAUCCUCAAAGUCCAGGGUUUAACGGAAGCUGAAGAGUAUUUCUCCCAAAUACGCGGCACCGCAAACCAGAAAGCAGCCUCUUUGCCGCUUCUUCAUGGUUAUGUUAAAGAACGAGCAGUUGAAAAGGCCGAGUCUCUUAUGAUGAAGCUAAAUGAGUUGGGAUUACUUGUGAGUCCGCACCCAUUCAAUGAGAUGAUGAAGCUUUACAUGGCGACUUCUCAGUAUGAUAAAGUGCCUGCUGUGAUCAUGCAAAUGAAGCAAAAUAGGAUACCCACAAAUAUUCUGUCUUUCAACUUGUGGAUGAAUGCUUGCGGUGAAGUCUCUGGAGUUGCUGCGGUUGAAGCAAUUUACAGAGAGAUUAUGAAUAAUGGGAAUGUUGAAGUUGGAUGGAGUACGUUGUGUACAUUAGCCAAUGUUUAUGUAAAGGCUGGUUUGGUUGAGAAAGCAGUUUUGGUUCUCAAAAAUGCAGAGAAGAAGCUAAAUACCAGUAAGCACCUUGGAUAUUUCUUCCUUAUUACCAUGUAUGUCUCCAUUAACAACAAGGAGGGAGUUAUUCGAGUUUGGGAAGCUUGUAAGUCCGUAAGUGGAAGGAUGACAUGUGGGAAUUACAUGUGUAUGCUGUCAUGUCUGGUGAAGCUGGGAGAUCUUGUAGAAGCUGAGAAGGUUUUCGUUGAAUGGGAGUCGAAUUGUAAGAACUACGAUGUCCGAGUCUCUAAUGUCCUUUUGGCUGCAUAUGUCCGAAACGGAUUGAUGGAGAAAGCUGAGGCCUUCCAUGUGUACGUGUUGGAGAAAGGCGGCUGCCCAAAUUAUAAGACAUGGGAAAUUCUAAUGGAGGGAUGGGUGAGAAGCCAAGACAUGGAAAAAGCUAUUGAUGCCAUGAAGAAAUCAUUUGCUAUGAUGAAAGGUUGUCACUGGAGACCAUCAGAAGCCAUUUUAAUGUCCAUAGUAGAAUAUUAUGAAAAGCAUGGGAAUUUCCAACAUGCAAACCAUCUUAUUAGAAUGAUUCAUCAUUUUGGUCUUGCAAGUUUACCAUUGUAUAAAGUGUUGCUAAGAAUGCAUAUCAAUGCUCAAAGACCAGCUUUCAACAUUCUUAAAAUGAUGGUGAAGGAUAAAAUAGAGAUGAAUGGUGAGACUUCUGCCUGUUUUUCAAGUCUAUGCAAGCGUGAGAGUGCAAGAGAAUAGAUAAUAUUACAAGGAACGAAAUCAUGACAGAUUAUCCUACCAAUAUUCAAACAUCUCCUUGUUCAAGAUCUACUGGCAGAUAGAUAACACUUCGGCUGGGCCUUUUUUGUUGCUGAGACAGAUGCUCAAGGGAAAGUCAUUGCAAGUGAAGUGAGCCAAGGAGCCAAAUGACAUGCUAGCUUUACUAAUUGAGUGUCAGCGUGUGACGGUGCUAUCAGUAAGAGGUAACAAGGAGUUCUGAGUUUUUUGCCAAAGAAAAAUAACCUGGCAUCUGGAGACAAAAGAAAUCCCGAAAGGUGGCAAAGAAUUCAGGCUGAUUACCCUGUUAAUAUAUCAUGGAAGCCUUUGUCGUGCUCCAUAAGUUUAUCCCACUCAGGUAUACAUUCUCUCACAGUUGGGAGUUUCAAGCAUAUUCUAAAAACAAGAGCUGAGAAAAAAAAAGCAUGUUUCUCUGCAUCAACCAAGCGGAGACCUGCAACCUCCUUGUUAUUAUAACCCCGAUUCUAAUCAAACCAGCAAUAGUGUCCACCAAAUCACAUUCUCCUCAUCUCCCCCUUGGUGUUAGGAGACCAGGAGGUUGUGGAAUUAAUUCCCUGCUUCGCUUUCUAAACAUGAUAGAGUCGGUGCCUGCUUCGAUUGAGCAUGAGUUGUAGACUUGGUCGGGAUAAGGAAUGUGGAAUUUGGUAGGAAUUUGCUUUAGUUCAUUGUUAUGUUUAUGAUGUGGAUCAUUUAGAAAUGAAAAGAGGAAUUCUAAGGAUGAUUUCCUUCCUUUUGAUAUGAUUAGAAAUCAUUGGUUUCGACCCAAAAUCAUAAUUUGAACUAUGGAGUUUUGGAGAA